AUGGACGGCAACGGCAAGAAACCGCGCGGCGGAAACAAGGCUGCACGGCCCGCGCCAGCCAUCGAUGCCACGCAGCAGCAGCAGCAGGCGGCGCGGGCUGCCCUGGAGACGCCGGCGUUAUCCGACGACGACGCCGCCGCGGCCCAGCAGGUCGAUGAUGGUCAUCCCGUAGCGUCAGUGGACGAGAGCCGCGGUGGGGGCGGCGCCGAGGAGGAGGAGGACAAUCCCGACGACGACGAGCAGGUGGAGAUGUUCUACGCGCUGCUGGCCAACAUCCGGGCAAUGAGGGGCCUGGCGCCGCACAACAUGGCUUCCUCCUCCUCCUGCGGCGGCCGCGGCGACAACGACGACACCGACACAGACACCGCCGGCGCCGGGGACUCUACGAGGAACAAGCGGCUGCGGCGGAGCGCGGAACCGCCGUGGAGGCCGGCGUUCAGGAUGGAGGACUUCGAGGAGCCGCCUCCUCCAACGGCGGCGUCGUGCAAGAUGAGUACGAAGCGGACGAGGGGCGCGGGCCACGAUGACCACUGCGGGCACGGCGAGAGCAGCGGAGGAUCAGCGCGUCCGCCAGUCGCCGUCGUCGCGUCGUCGUCGUCGUCGUCGUCGUCGUCGAUGCCGCACGCGGUGGUGAGCUUCCAACAGUCCGACAGCAGCAGGAGCUGCAGCAGAGAUUGA